GAAUAACACUUCCUUGUUGUUUUAAGAAUUCUAACAUGCAAACGCUCGUCUUUUUGACAAUAUUGAGAUUAACUUUGUCCUCUGGAUACCAAAUCCUAUCUCAGAAUAAGGAGACCGAUCAGGCUAAGGAGGUACCCCUCUGUCAAAACACUGGAACCUGUCAGCAGUAUAAUUCCAGUCAUGCAGUAGAUGGAAACAUUACCAUGUGUACAAGGACAGCACCUAUUGGAACUAGUUAUCCAGAUAAAUGGACAUGGUGGUAUGUUGACCUUGAGAAAGUACUCAGCAUCUACAGCAUCAGAAUACAGUUCAAGGACUAUGAAGAACAAUAUGUUAAGAGACAAAGAGGGUGUUUUGCUGGUUUUUCGCUCUAUGUGUCGAACACAACUAAAAAGGAGGAUGGGUAUCUAUGUCACAAGAACGGACAGGAGCUACCGACCUUGGAUUUAAAUACAACUUGCGUGAAACACGGACGUUACGUUAUAUUUUACAAUGAAAGACUUGGUGGAACAACUUAUCCUACCGGAUAUGAAACAUCCCAUAUUUACACUGAAUUGUGUGAAGUAACAGUAACAGGUUGUAAAGAAUCCGGUGUGUAUGGAUAUAACUGUGAUCUACCCUGCCCAAACAACUGUCAGGAAUUGAGAUGUGACAUUGUCAAUGGAACGUGUUUGGGUUGUACUGCAGGAUGGGUGGGAGAGUUUUGUAACAAAUCCUGUCCAGCUGGAUAUUACGGUCUACAGUGUAGAUCUACGUGUACUGGACACUGCAGAGACAGUCUGUCCUGUAAUCAUACCACUGGACAAUGUGACUAUGGAUGUGGUAAUGGAUGGACAGGAAUGCAUUGUAACAGACGUAAUUUAUUCAUAUCGAAAACAAAUCAAAUACAUCUACUAAUUGUAGUGAAACACGGAAUAUCAACACAUGAUUAAUUUAGACUUAUCUAAACAUCAAAGUAUUAGUGAAGUAGCCUCAUUUGUUAAACAAAAAUUUAAAGAUAUUAAAUAGUCUGAUAAAACCAUUUUUACCAGA